CGCCCAGACAGUCUAGACUCCCACUCCAUAGCCCCCAAUAGCCCUGCGUCUUCUUCUGCCUCCUCAACAUUCAUAUCAACCCAAAAAAGCAACCCCCGUUCCCAACUCUCUCUCCUCUCUCUGCAUUUUAAGCAUUGACCUUUUCUCCUCCAUCACUCCUGACUUCCUUUUUCUGCCCUCUGCAGUCACUGGUUAUAAAAGCUAACAAAAAAGUGAGUUUUUCCCUUGAUUUCUCUUCAAUCUUUGGCUUUCUUUUCUGUUUAUUUCUCCAAUUGAUCCGCCUAGUAAGUAAACACAAAUGGCAGAAAAGGACCCGGAUAUUUGCUCGCACAAGUUCCCUUCUGCUUCUCAGGUGUGGGAAGAGCUGAGAGAGCUAUGGGGGAUGGCGUUUCCCAUAACGGCCAUGAACUGUUUGGUGUUUGUCCGAGCCGCCGUUUCAGUUCUAUUCCUGGGCAGGCUUGGAAGCCUAGAGCUAGCCGGUGGUGCACUGUCCAUCGGCUUCACCAACAUCACCGGAUACUCUGUCCUGAUGGGACUAGCAUCCGGCCUCGAACCUGUUUGCAGCCAAGCAUUCGGCAACAAGAACUAUGACCUUCUCUCCCUCUCCCUCCAGCGCAUGGUUUUAAUCCUACUCCUGGCCGUAAUCCCCAUCAGCCUCCUCUGGAUUAAUCUCCAGUCCAUCAUGGUUUUCAUGGGACAGGACAAGGCCAUCACUGCAAUGGCUGCCACCUACUGUUUGUAUUCUCUCCCGGACUUGUUGACAAACACGGUCUUGCAGCCUUUGAGGGUUUUUCUGAGGUCUCAGAAAGUGACCAAGCCCAUGAUGUAUUGCUCUCUGAUAGCCGUGGCGUUUCACGUGCCGUUGAACGUGGUUUUGGUGGUGGUGAUGGGGCUGGGAGUGCCGGGGGUGGCCGUGGCAUCGGUGCUGACGAACCUGAACAUGGCGGUGCUGAUGGCGGGGUACGUGUGGUGGGGUUGGAAGAAGGGGGAGAUGAGAUGGACGUUUGGGAUUGGGGAUUUGUGCAGUGGUAUUGGGCCGCUGUUGAAGCUGGCGGUGCCGAGCUGCUUGGCGAUAUGUUUGGAGUGGUGGUGGUAUGAGAUUGUGACUGUCAUGGCUGGAUAUCUGCCGAAUCCUACGCUGGCGGUGGCCGCCACCGGGAUUCUUAUUCAGACCACUAGCAUGAUGUACACUGUCCCUUUGGCCCUUUGUGGUUGUGUUUCUGCCAGGGUUGGGAAUGAGCUUGGGUGUGGGAAGCCAUACAAAGCGAAGCUAGCAGCGAUGGUGGCAUUGGGAUGUGCAUUUGUGAUCGGCAUCAUCAACGUGACAUGGACGGUGAUUCUGAGAGAGAGGUGGGCAGGCCUCUUCACCAAGGACGAGCUCGUCAAAGCCUUGGUUGCAUCAGUCAUGCCAAUCAUGGGAAUUUGCGAGUUAGGCAACUGCCCCCAAACUACUGGCUGUGGCAUCCUACGCGGCACGGCACGCCCGGCCGUGGGUGCCCGCAUCAAUUUAGGGUCGUUCUACUUUGUGGGCACCCCUGUGGCGGUCGGGCUUGCCUUCUGGCUCAAGGUAGGGUUUCCAGGGCUUUGGUUCGGGCUCUUAUCUGCUCAGGUGGCAUGCGCUGUGUCCAUUUUGUAUGUUGUGGUGGCGAGGACGGAUUGGGAGGCUGAGUCUUUGAACGCCAGGAUGCUGACGGGGUUAGAAAUGGGUGAGUGCAGAGAUAAAAGGCAAGGGCAUGAGAAAGAUGAAGAAGAAAGCAAAGGGUUGUUGAUCAACGGUGGAGAUGGUAACAGUAAUAGUAUAGAUGAAUUUAUUUGACUUUUUAUGUGGGAUUUGUGUUGACUUUUGUAGUUUUUGUUUGGACAAGUUGGUUUGGUGGGUUGUAUAGUUUUGAGGGGCGUGCUUUUGUCCCAAUAGGAAAGGGACAGGAUCGCUGGCCAGGGUCCAGCCAAGUGUGCCGCAUUAGAUUGUCAAGAGGAAUAUUCAGUAUGCCCUGCAUUUUCGUCCCACUUUAAGAAGGCGUAUUUUUGGCUUUGACAAUCUAAUGCCGCACAAUAAAGACUAGUUUUAAACAUA